GCCUGAAGUAGUUCACAGUUGGGCGCUAACUGCCAAGAGACAAAUAUAAAUCAUGACUAACAGAUAAUCCGCAUCAUUGAAUCGAAAACAGUCAUAUUUGCGCAUCUUUGCAAAAUGACCUACUUCGAUCGGGUUCGUCUGUCAAUGGGUCUUGUAUAAUGCUGAAUAAGCAGAACUGAUACACUUGGCUUUGUCAAUCAGCCUGCGAUACUGACUGUAUAUGAGUGGCCAAUGAUUACAAAACGUAAGAUUAUUCUAGUACUGGUAGUCUGUUCAUUUGCAGUUUCGAGCCAGCCUCUGCUAGGAGAAAGAGAGCGAUGUCUUCAAUUAUGUCGCCUCGCCCAUGGCCAAGAGAAUGGCUCCAAAGCAGAAACAGCAGAUAUGCAGGUAAGUCAGUGGCUUUGUGUUGACGUGUAUCUCUGAUCUGUUCAAAGGGUAAACACGUAGUAUAAAAAAUCGAUCAGUAUAAUCGCAAUUAGUUUGCUUAAUGACCAGUCUUGCACAACGCUCGAUAACGAUGUAAACGAAUAAAACAAUAACAGCGAAGCUACAAACACUACAUCCCAGCAAAGUUUAAGAAAAUGAGAUUUGUCAGUAGAUUAAAAUCAAGAGGCGUUAUGUAUGUCGUGUAUUGCCAUUUCAGUGCUCGAGAUUUAGUCCAUCCACUUCGGUCUAGCUUUAAUGUCAGUCUUCCGGUGCGAUUGUUUAUGAACACGUUGUUUUAUUUAUGACACUUUCUUGUUUUAAACGAUAACGUGGCGAACGAAAUAUGAGAAAUCAAUAAGCAAUAUCAAACGCAAAGGUUAAUAAGAACAAAGAAUCAGUUCGAAAAAUACGACAUGAUUUGUGAGGGCAUGCCUCAACACUUAAUAUGGAAAUUAUACAUAACAUUAUAACAUAAACUUGAUUUAUACUCGAAUUUUAUAGAGUAGCUAGCAAGCUGAUAUCUUCGAGCUGACACUACAUGAAAAUAAUAUAGAAAUAUAUGUAUACAUUAAAUGCAUUAUAAGUAAUAAUAAUGAUAAUAAUAAGCACAUACAAGAAAAGAAAAGAAACUAUUAUUUACAAUUUUAAGUUAAGUAUGUCGAGCAAAAAGAAUCUACAGGUAACAUCCUGUAUUUUGGUCUUAAAGUCUGCAAAAAAACUGAUACGAAAAAAGUGAAAAUCGCAAGUUUCUUUUAUUCAUAUCAAGUUCCUUUUAUUCAUAUCAAGAUGGAAAUGAAAGAAACAGAGCGACAAUGUUACAAAUGCGCUUAAAUAUAUUGGCGCGGGUAUCUGUUGACCCUGUAAACCGACGUGAUAAGUAGCAAGGCAUAGUUGCACGUUCAUUUGCCGCUAUGGAUCAGCAAACUAUUUUUUUUGUAGGGGAAAUUUCACGUAAAGUCCUCAAGUAAUUAAUUUUAAUUUACUAAAAGUUAUUUAGUUUCCCUACCACUAAAACAUAAAAGAAGAAAAUAGAAAAGUUAAACUCACUCUCCUUUCUGUUGCCCUAAGGCGAAAAGCAGGUAUAAAGGAAUUUGAAUUUCGCGUCCCUUCAUGUUUGCGGUCUACCGCUGAGCCGCUCUUUUCUCUUAUCGCGUGAAUGACUCGCUUUUGUAAAUAUGACACAUUGUGACUACUUGUAUUCAAUCAUAAGGCACCUUAAAAAAUCGAUGUAAAAUUUAAAAGCUGUCGUGGGUUUUCCUUUUCUUCCUCAAAUGUGUUAUUGAGCUAACAAAACAAGCCACUCUGAAACAAAACACCUGUUAAUCCGUACUGCUAUCUGUGUUUUAGAUUAAAAACUGAGUAAUAAUUAUUUUUUGACCUUGUUAUGCUCGAACUAUAGAAGCCUUUUUUUUAGAAAUAAACCACAAAAAAGAAAAAUGGUUGGGCGUCUUCAAGGGAAGCAUUAAAUGUGUCCUCUGACACUCACUGAGUUUAAAAUGGGAGUUUUAAAAAACUGUUAUUAAGUUUUCGUAAAAGCAUUGCUUAGUUUUCUAUAAAAUCGUGGCCAUCUUAUUUGGUUCGAUCAAUUUUUUUAAGUACCAAAGGCAGUAAUUUUAACGGGGGAGACUUCAGUCAGAGGGUCAAACAGGUUUUUGAAUCUAGCGAUUUCGUAACGACGCUACAGAUAUUGUUAAUCUUGAGCAGCAAUUUUCACUCUUCACCUCAAUUCUGCACCGGCGAUUUUUUUGAGCUUUUUUUUACAAUAAGAAAUGUCUACGUGAAAGACAACCAAAAAUGUUAGCCAGAUGAAACCUUAAAAAAAGCCGCGAAAACACAAUUCGAAACUAAAGAAAGGCACUAAACAAACAGCUUGCGGCAUCUAACCACACACAAAGUAAUACUUUUUUAGAGAGUCUUAAGGGUAUUUCAUUUCAUCAUAAAGUGACACUGUUCAAAGGAAGGCUCAAAUCUCCUUUUCAAAACCUAUCUUAAACUGAAAGAUUUCUUUAGCUAAUAGCUGUAAGUCGUAGAGGUUUCGCAAAUUAAACGAACCCCACAUUAGUCUAAUAAUAUAGAUCGAGAACCUCUUUCUAUAACUCGAUUUUAUGAACGGCGAAGCAAUAUCAUGCAUUUCUGAGUUUACUGAAGAAGUGAAAAUCGGCUCUGGUCGUUUAGCCUGCGUAGCAGUUAACCCAGCGUAGCAGGCGCUUGGUAGUAGUGGGCGCAAGAAAGAACGGGCGCGCGAGAGGGAGACACGCGAGGGGUGAGAGACUGGCUACUGGUCCUUCAUUACAUUAAGGUUUCAGUUGCCGUAGUGGCAUUUGCGUUUGAGCGCUCAAUAUUUUGGCUCUUCUACGGCUAUCGGUUAUUUCCCUGUUACUAAUACCAGGGACUAAAAAAAAAAAACGCAAGGGAGACAGUUUUAUAGCCUGGUUUUAUAAAUGUUGAAAAGAAAUUUCCAUUGCUGCAAAACACAUUUCUCUUGCAUGCUGAAUCACAUAUCCCAUAUCUUAAUAAGUAUUAAUAAGUUUAGUCUUGCAUUUUUUAAAACUUUCACCCAAGCUUGUGUAUGGUGGCCGAUAACUGCCAUUCGUCAAAAGCACAUAAAUUUGUUAAUUUUAGAUCGAACUUUAAUUAUUUUGUAUUGGAAAUAAAGUGAAAGUACAAUGUAAAAACAUUUUGUUUUUCAUUGAACUGGAAAUAGAUUCUUCUUUAUUAUUAUUUUCAAAACAAAACAAAAUAUUUUUACUAUGAAAUGAAAAUAAAAAUAAAAGUGAAUAAACGCAAAAGUAUAAAAAUAAUUUGUUCACGGCCUGGAACUGCCAUUCAAAACAUAAAAAAGCAAAAUUAAUUUGUUCACGGCCGGGAACUGCCAUUCAAAACAGAAAAAGUAAAAUUAGUUUGUUCACGGCCGGGAACUGCCAUUCAAAUUUGGGGAGGGACUGGAACGCAGUGACGGGCAUUAUGGCGGCAUAUUUUCGAAAUGAUGGUUGGAAAGAAGACAUCGUUCUCAAAGAAGAAAUGGCUAAAUAUGUAAAAAAGGGUUUUCAACGGAGAGAAAUGUUAGAUUUUUUGAAAAGGGAUUUUGCCCAAUAUGCAUGGAGCCUUCGCACUGUCGACAGACGCCUUCGUCACUUUGACAUACAGUACAAUGACAAAAAUGUGUCCCCCAUAUUGAGUCUAAUGAUUUUUGCGAAAAGGCGCCAAAUUAUCAAAGAAUCCGGGGAGUCUGGGUACGAGAUUGUAAACAAACGCGAGCGACGCACUCCCGCCAAAAGUCUCAUUUCUUUCUUUUUGAAUGGCAGUUCCCGGCCAUGGACAUAUUUAUUUUAGUUUUUUUUUAUUUGAAUGGCAGUUCCCGGCCGUGAACAAAUUAAUUUUGCUUUUUUUUGUUUUGAAUGGCAGUUCCAGGCCGUGAACAUAUUAUUUUUACUUUUGCUUUUAUUCACUUUUAUUUUUAUUUUCAUUUCAUAGUAAAAAUAUUUUGUUUUGUUUUGAAAAUAGUAAUAAAGAAGAAUCUAUUUCCAGUUCAAUAAAAAACAAAAUGUUUUUACAUUGUACUUUCACUUUAUUUCCAAUACAAAAUAAUUAAAGUUCGAUCUAAAAUUAACAAAUUUAUGUGCUUUUGACGAAUGGCAGUUAUCGGCCACCAUACUUGUGUAAGCGAAUUUGAAACCCGCAGAUCGAUUUGUUUGAUGUUUGAAUGACUAGUCCGGUACCCUGUAAAUGAUAAUACUGAUAACUACAGUAACCGCUUCACCAAAGGUUUCUCUUCUUCUCUCUCUCAGGUAUCUAGUGGAUUUCUCUCUUGCCCCGAGUGUCUUGAUAGAAACAAAGGUAAGUAGAAAUCUUCAUACGGAAUAAAUCAUCAAUUCAACCCCACUUGCUGAGUUUAAAGUAUGCCUGUUCUAUAGAUGACUUUUUUUUUCUUCAAAAAAGACGUCUCGUGCAGUACCACCUUUAGUUGAUGGCGUUAAAAUCUUAAACUGCUGGCCUCUCAGAGAGAGGAAAAACGGGAUAAAUCAAGGAGGCGGCGUGGGGGAGGGGGUUGAUUGAAGCUAGGAGCAGAGAUCCCGAGUCAAAAGUCAAAAGCCUAGUCAAAAGCGCCUAGCCUCUCACUCGCAUUAAUCGGCGAACGACUUCGCGCGCUCUGGGAAAGCUCAGUAUAGCCGUAAGCACUGAUUAGAAGUAAAUUCCUCGUCACUCAGUUUCCAAAUGAUACGGACAUCGGUUAUAUACAAUAUAUAUUAUUAUUUAUAUAAUAAUUUUGAAUAAUAUGAGAGGACAUUUCAAUGCUUUUUUAAACAGAGAAAGAUGGUUUGGAUGUGCCAGGCACAAGCAAACAUCGAAAGCGUAAAUCGCUUUCCGAUCCACAGCCUGCUCAGGGUAAGCUCCAACUCCAGAUCUUACUACUACGGGAAAUGCAAGUCGCUCGACUUUACAUUUUACUGCACACUGAAACUUAAGGUGAAUGGCAGUCUCACACAUCCUGAAAUUGUAUGAUAAAAGUACAAUAAUUUGAAAUGAAGUUACAAGUAAAUUUUGUUGAAAAUGCGCAUCUUGCAUCUGCCCAGGUGUCCUCUUGGUUGUAUUGAAUAACAAAGGAGGGCCAAAAAGCAGCAACGAUUAUUGAAACAUGCCGUACAUUCAUUUAAUUUGUUCAUCUUUGUAUGAUCUUUUUAUAAAUACAAGCUUUCAUACAAAAUAUUUCAGUUUGCCCAUUGCCGUCAGAAGCACCACAGUUUGUGGAGUGGACGCCAUCAGAAGUGAAUGUAAGCUUUGGAAACUACGGAAACACCGACCAUUGGUACAUAAACUGCUCAUGGUCUCCUAUGAAUGGUAAGUUCUCAAGAGAAAAUUCGACACGACAAAGCCUUUCGGUAAAUAGAAAGUGUUAGGUGGGGUCUCUUGAAUUCAGUGAUUUGCUGGUGAGGAUCUAGGAUAAACACUAAAACGAAUGCCGAAGGUGCAAGCUUCUAUGGAUCCGGGGGCAUGCAGCCCCGUGAAAAUUUUAGGAUUUUAGCUACCAAAAGUCACGUUUCCUGGGUUUCUGAGAAAUUCAGACACGAUAUUUGCCAGAUUUUAACUUCGAAAGUACUUUUUUUUUUCAUGAAAAAUGUAUAUUCAUGCAGUAUUUAUGAAAAAUCUGACGGAUUUUCGUAAAACGGUGGAAACCUGUCUGGAUCCGGCGCCUGAUUUGCAAGUGUUUCUCAGAAUUUUAAAACACUUUCAAGUGUAAAUAGAAGCCAUACAUCAAUUACAUCUUGCAGACUUUGAUGGAAAAUGGAACAGUAUUUUGAUUCGUCUCGGGAUUGCGACUUUCUCAGAAGGACCCGAUGGACGUCUUCCACAGCGAAAUAACUUUACAUGCUUCGUACUGCCCAAAGUAAGGAGAGCAUUAGUGGUUUCUAAUAAUUUCUAGAACUUAUCUCCUGCUAUAAAGCCUUUCAUCUUUCUGUCAGACCAACAAGCAAAACAGCUGCAAUAAAAUAUAAACUUUUUAUUAAUAGUCACGUGCGAUACUAAUCUAUUAACCGUGUAACUUUCGUUUUCUAUGAAAAAAUUAAAAAAAAAAGGCAACAAAAACAACAAAAACGAACCUGAACUGCAACUGAGACUAAAGAUCUACAAAACAAAUACAAAAGAGACUCGAAACUCCUAAAAUGCAACUGUUAACUCACAACCUGGUUCAUACAUUUGAUAAUAUCAGAUUGUAAAGUCUCAAACUCCAAUCUUCUUCUUGUUUCAGAACCAAACGUUCUUUAAAGUUAACAUCUCUUCAUAUCACUAUCAUUAUCCAGACCCUAUUGGUCUAAAGGUGAGAAGAUCUAGGGAAAGCCGUGAACGUAUAUGAGCUGUUCUUAUAAUCACUUCUUUCUUAAAGAAAGAAAAGGAAUGUUAAAAGGAUCAACUAAAUGGACAUGUACGUUAACUGGGCAACUGAAGAACAAAAGUUGUUGUUUUUUCACUGACGUUCCUCGGCGACAAGUUCCGAAAAUGACGGGUGUGACUGAAGUUAAAGUUUUUAGUUUUGCCUUUCAACGUUACGAUUUUUUAAAAUAUUCUCCAAUCUCUAUGUCAAUCAUUUUUUUUAAUUUUUAUUUUGUAGGUCAUUGGUCUUCCAUUCUUCAAAACCUGGUAUUUUAUGACACCUUAUUUGCCUCUCUUAGGUAGGUUUAGCACAGACUCACAACUUGCGCUUUGGUAUUAAUCAACUUGAAUCUUUAGCAGGUUCAUUAUCAAGUUAAUAGGCUCGAUUAUCAUGCAGCCGCUUUUCGGAAAAAAAGGGCCUGCGUUCAUUGCUUUGAAUGUAGCUGUUAUUAUCUAACAAGACAGUAACUGUUCGCAACGACAACUACAAUUGGUUUUACGCCGUCUAGUUUAAUUGUUCCUCUCAUCUCUCGCUCUUACCCACUUGUUCGCAAAAAAGAUAUAUUUAUCAUUUGAUAAGAUGAACUGAUAAGUCACCAAAACGUGGAUGUCACGUCUUAGAUCCUUUGAGGGUAUUGAAUUAUAACUCAGUAAACAAGUUUUAGGUUAAAUUUUACAUUACAUCCAUUUUCGUUUCCAAGAUAUGUUAUAAAUACUGCGUUUGCUAAUAUGCCAGAGGACAUCAAAUAUUUUAGUGUGACUCAGUUUUUUUGAUAUGGAAUAUGUUAAGCUGUUUUUUUUUUUUUUUUUAAUGCAUGCCGCGCAUCUUCCCCCUUCCUGGAAUACGCCCCCAGGAGUGAACUUAUGUGACAUCGUAAAAUCCCUGUUCUUUAUUUGUCGUAUCAACAGUGUGUCCACUAUGCUCUUCCCACAACGGCUAACGUCAUUGUUUUGUCAUUAUAUACUAUAUAGUUACUACUGUACCAUCGUCAACCUUUUCAACGAUAACAGGUAAGCUCAAUAGUAAGCUCUCUUCAAGUCUGUGUCAUGUUAAAAUACAUCAGUCCUCGGAGACCAAGGGGUGGGGAAUGACCUAUAAUCAGGUCACCACUUAACAGACUUGACAGUGAUGUCACUUAUUUUUAAUUGUUUAUUUCAUAGUCACUUCUUAUAGUGAACCGUCAACAGCAUUUCCAACAACAGGUAAGCUCGAAAUAAUUCUUCUCUUCUAUUUUGUGCCAAAAACCUUACAACCAAACAUAUUUUCAUUUCAUCCUUUUAUUAUCUGCCUGUUAUGUUUUAAAGAAGCCAAAACACACUGACUUGUAAAUGGAACCAAAGUUAUUUGAAAAAUCGGCAUUAAAAAGUAAUCGUGGAUUCUUUAAUAAUUUGUACAUUCUGCUAAAAAUACUGGUAAAUAGAGGUCCGUACUAUAGUAAUAACUAAUACAGAUAAAUCCACACUUUAAAAGCAAAAUUUGAAUAACACCGUCGUCUGAACUGGUCUAACAACUUUAUACUCAGUUCAUGAGUCAUAAAUGUUAUUAAUCUGGUAUUUCGCGCGAAACAGCGUAUCCAGUUUUACUCUUCGCGCGUUCUUAACCUAGGCAAAAAUACCGGCUGUUUUUCAGUCUAAGCUCUCUACAACGGCUGUGACACAAGUUCAGUCUUCUUGCUUUAUAACUUGACACUCUAGUGUUGUUUGCUGAUGUGCCAUCUGGUUGGUGUCCAUUCUCGUCAGAGCUGUCCCAUUCAUAGACCCACGUGAGAAAGGGGCCGACGCGUCUCGCCUUUCUCGCCUGGGGUUUCGCUCGCUGUAAUAUCCCUAAGGAAAAAUGGGGACUACUCGUAGUCUAAUUGUCUGUUUGUAUAUGUUCAGUUGUACCGGUGCUGAUCCUGUGAUCUCUAUGAUCGUCCCGCCGGUUCUUGCAUUUUGGCGGCCCUACCGGCAAAAUCUCAUUUUGCAGGUGGCAACCUUGUGCUCUGCUCUUCGCUCUUUUUGUGAGUGUCAAUGUUGACGCCCGUCCGUGAUAUCUCUUUAGUAUUAACAGGCGAAUACACAGGGCAAAAUCAAAUCUGUUAUAUAACAUAAUCAACCGGUUUCAAUGUUUUACCAGGUUCCAGUAAAACAGUGGCCCAUACAGUAACCAUAUUGAUUGGCAUUUUAACUGGCCUUGUUCUGGUUGUCGGUUUGCUGGCGUAUAUCUUACGUAGCAAAAGGCGCAAGAAGGCUCCUGUACCCUCAGGUAUGUUUUGCUUAUAUCAAUUCGUGUUCCCACAAUUUUAACAGAAACUGAAAGAAUCUUUUUUAAUACUUGACAUGUUUCUGCUUUCCUUUCAACAGAUUACAAAUACCACGUGUUUAUAAUAUACAACAAUGAAGAUAAAUUAUGGAUGAAAAAACUCCUAACAUUCUUAGAAGAAAAGCAUAAUUUAAAGUGCUGCGUACACUACAGAAACUGGAUCAUCGGGAGACCUUUCCGAGACAACAUGGUAGAAAGUGUCAAUAAUAGUUACAAAGUAAUAGCUCUGUUUUCAAGCAAUUCUAUAAAAAGCAACAACGUCAGUUAUGAAUUAGGUCUUGCGAUAGACCGAGAAGAGAAAAGCGGAGAUCAUAGUUUGGCAUUGAUCAGAAUAGAUGGAGUCAACUUUGAAGAACUGCCAUCAAAACUUAGGAACAAAACUUUAAUAGACUACGAAGACCCCUCACAAAGGCCAAUUUGGAAAAGAAAGCUGCUCGAGUUUCUCGAUUUGUCAUUUCAUGAUUCUGAUGCCCACAAUGAUGAUAACAACAAUAGUGAUGACAAUCAAGUUAAUAUAAACAAUGGUGUUACCAGGACUAGAUUUUCGAGGCUUGACAGUACGACUAGCAACGACUCACAGACACCCUUGGUAUCGUAAGAUUUCUAAGAUUUUUCAUAGGAGAGCAUAACAGUACCAAACUAAACACGUUUCUUGCAUUCGUCCAUUCGUAUCAGAUUUUUAUUGAAAGUUAUCAAAUGCAUAAAAACUGGUAGUUCAAUCGCUAUACUAGUUACGCUGGAAGUUGUACCACCAAUUUUGGAACUAAAAAAAAAGUGACGCAAAAAUUGAUCACUGCCAACCAAAGCUACAAUAAUGGUCAAGAGUCUUUGAACAAAUUUGCACAUGUCCCUGCCCCUCGACUAAUAUUCGCUUAACAAACAAAUGCAAGCGAAAAGGUUUACUUAUGCAUGCAAGCCCUUCCCCGACCCCCACAAUGCUACGAUAUGAUUUACAAGUUUGUAAAGAGUUCUCGAAUCAGUUGGUAAGCCAUUUGCCUUAUUGCGUCACAACAGGAACUAAUAAACUCAAUUUCGUUUUUCAGAAUUUGAUA